AUGCAGGGAUACUGCGAUCUCCCCUUCGCCCUUGACUCUAGCGCGCGCGUCCCGAUCGCGAACCGUGGAAGUCCUUGGUUCGAUGACGGCAACAUCAUUCUGUUCACAGGGAACAUAGCUUUCAAAGUAUACAGGGGGCUCGUCGCUCGCAAUUCCGAACUGUUCGCCGACCUCUUUGUGGACAUUCCUCCCCAGCGACUAGUGAAGACCUUGGUCGAGGAGUGCCCGGCUGUGCGAGUGGACGACUCGCCAAUGCAGCUGAGCACUGUUCUGGGCUUCAUCCACGCAGGAGUAGCUUGGUGGCAGCCCGACUUUAACAAUUUCGACAUCUUGGGCCCGGUUUUGCACACGACUACGCAAUACCGGCUCACACAGUUGCGCGACGCGCUCCUGCACCCCCUCGUCACGCGGUACGCCCACCGCCUGCGCGCAUAUUUCACAUGGGACGCGCAGAGCGCGUUCCCCGCCCCCAUGAAUCCCGUGCAUAUGCUCAACUUUGCGCGGCAGGCCCCCAUCCCCACGCUGGUGCCCGUCACGCUCCUCGAGCUCUCCCUCUUCGUCUCCGAGGCCGACCUGCUCGCCGCGCGCGAGCCGCGCCGCCGCUCCGCGUACGCGCCGGGCGUCUUGUUCCAGGGCGACGAGGACAUGUGCGCGCCCCUGCGCGCGCACCACCGCACCCUCGCGUCGGGCCUCGCGAGCGUGCUGUGGCGCUUCGUCGAGCUGCGCGCGCCGGGCCCGGCGCGGCACGCGUGCUCGUUCGGGGGGUUCCACGCAGAGAUCGUGGCGGCGCUCGCGCAGGGCGGUUCACUGGCGGAGACGGACGCGUGCUUUGGGCUGGCGAUGAUGCACGCGAUUCGCACCCACGCGGGGCGCGUGGCGUUUUGUGCGGAGUGUCUGGCCGAAUUGGACGUCAAGGUGAUGCAGGAAUACCAGAAAUGGUUCUUGGGGAUCCCUCCGUUGUUUGGGCUCGCCGGAUGGCAACACCUGCAGGCAGCAUUGAACCAAUUGUCGGAACAACGCCCUUCCUUAACUGCUUCUCGGGCGUAG